UUUAAUUAUUAAGACGUCCCAUAUUCAUUAAACGAAUCAGGCGUUUACUAUUUAUAUUGUCAGAGCAUACAAGAUAAACCGCACUGUAAAAUUUCCAGUAACAGCGCCACAAUGCCUCACGAGUCUCGAAGAUCUCCGUUCGUGUUUUCCUUUUUCUUGGAGGCCAAACGAUCAGAUUCCCUCUUUGGAAAACCCUAAAAUUUCCGAAGAGAAUUUAUUUUUAAAAAAACAGUGACGUUAAGAUUACAUUUCUAUUUUUUUUUUUCACGAUCGAAGUUCCAAAUCUCCCAAAAUGAACGGCUAAUUUUCCGUCAUUGAGGUGUUUUAGGGUUUCUAUUUUUCAACUAUUUUUUUCUAAAAGACGAUGAUAAGUAUCAUUUUAGUUGAUCCCUCAGAAGUCAUAGCUGAAAGAGCCGAUUUAUCGAUUUUUAACUAGUCGAGGGUUUCUUCAUGGCAGAAGCUUCGCGGGGCCGUGUUACUAUCACUCUUGGCCGUAGUGGCCAGGUGGUGAAGAGGGCUGGACCUGCAUCAGAUGUUGAUUUUCCUGAUUCUCAUCCUGUUGCUGGUAGUAAGCGUUCUGUAAGGGAUAGGUUAGGAGGCAAUAUAGAUAGUUCCUUGUUGCUUGGAAGUCAGCUCAAUAACAAACGACAAAGAGGUGAUGGUCAUACAACAAGUUUGAAUGCUAAUGGCUUGAAUGAUAUUCACAUUGGUAAAGAUGACCUCCGAUUUAAACUCAUGCAAAAAAAGGUGUUUAGACGGGCUCAGAUUGAUGAUAACCAUAAGGGCAUGGACCUUCGUGAAAAGUUGUCAAGAAUGGGACAGCCUCCACUUAACAGUUAUGAGACACGUCAGCGAGUGCCUGACCCAAGGGAGCGAAUGCCUGAACCAAGGGAAACCAGUAUCUUGGGCAGAAUUCUUUCCACAAGAAGUGUGGAUGAUUUGCCUCAUGUGACCACAUCAAGAAGUUCUUAUUCUUCUUGGACUUUAGAUCAUUUAAGGCAAAGAUCACCAGACAGAGUAAUGGGUACUUCUAGGGGUUUAUCUCCCCCAAGAAAUGUUGAAGAGCUUCAGAAAAAGCCGGUAAACAGGGCAUAUGAUGAUGUGAGGACAGUUCCAUACAUGGGCAAAGAUGUUCUUGAUGCUCCAAGGCCUGUGAGUACAGCAUCUUUUGUUACAAAGUCCACAUUGCCUACCACUUCUGCAAAGCCCAUGCCACCAGGCCUCCCAAUUCCAAGUCCAAUUCCUCCAAGCAGCAUUGUACAAAAAAGUUCAUACUCUGGUGAUGAACAACAAACUGUUGAAGGCUUGCUACAUUCACUGGGGUUGGGAAAAUAUGCAAUUCUUUUUAAGGCAGAGGAAGUGGAUAUGACAGCAUUGAAACAGAUGGGGGAAAAUGAUCUUAAAGAGCUAGGAAUACCUAUGGGCCCUAGGAAAAAGAUUCUUCUUGCUCUCUUGCCCCGUUCAAAAAGGCAACCAUGAUUAUUCGUUCGUUUCGUGUGACAGGGUGCUCGUAUUCGUGAAUCUUGUCUAAGUAAAACCAUUGUAUCUCUCUUUUUGGGAUAGAAAGUAACCCGUCAAUCUAUUGUCACAUUUUUUAAUCUAAGGCUGAUUAACCUAGGUAGAAGGUGGCAAGAAAUUUUGAGAUGUCAAGAAAGUAUAUUGUUCUCGUUUUUUAUGCAUGCUACCCCCUUUUAAUUCCUUACCAACCUUAACCAUAUGGGUGUUUGAUCAAAUUCAAAUGAAUUGUCUUCGCUAGUUGUUGGUAGAAAGAAUAAUAUUCCUACAAAUGAAUGUAAUGUAAAAUGUUGUGAUCUGCUGAGGGAACUCCAAUUUGUAUUCUCCCAAAUACUGUUUGCUUGGAUCCUUUUCUAGGAAAUAUCCUUGCCCUUUCCCCUACUUUGCUUUUUUUUAUUACAAUCUCCUU